UUGCCUUCUGCCACCUGCACUUCCGGCGCCCACCCACCCACCGCAGCUGCACCAUCACCAUGGAGAAGGCCCUUGCUCUUCUGUUUGUAGCCCUCAUUGCGGUGGUCUACGCAGCUCCCGGGCCCCGGGGUCUUUUUAUCAACCUGGAGGACGGUGAGAUCUGCUUAAACAGUAUGCAGUGUAAGAGCGGAUGCUGCCAACACGACACCAUCCUCGGUGUUGCCCGGUGCACACACAAGGCCAUGGAGAACGGCGAGUGCUCCCCAAAGACCGUCUAUGGGAUCUACUACAGGUGUCCCUGUGAGCGGGGCCUGUCCUGUGAGGGGGACAGGAGCAUCAUCGGCGCCAUCACCAACACCAACUAUGGCGUCUGCCUGGACAUCGGGCGCUCCAACAAGUGAGAUCGUGCAGCUAGCAGGGCCACCUUUCUCUGUCCCUCUCUUCUCUUCUGUCCCACCUGAGCCAGCCAGCUGUUGGCAAUUAAAGCCCGCUUGCAACCUC